GAGCUGGGAGGCCGGAUAGUGGCGGGGCCGGUGCCCGGGGGCGUCCGGGUGUAUGGCUGAGGCAAGCGGGAGUGCCCGGGGGUGUGUCUGACCCCACCUGAGCAAGAGGGCUCCCUGUGCGCCCAGCACUGCCUCAACAACCUGCUGCAGGGGGAGUACUUCAGCCCUGUGGAAUUAUCCUCCAUAGCGAUGCAGCUGGAUGAGCAGGAGCGGAUGCGGAUGGCGGAGGGGGGGCUGACCAGCGAGGAGUACAGGACCUUCAUGCAGCAGCCGUCUGGGAACAUGGAUGACAGCGGGUUCUUUUCUAUCCAGGUUAUAAGUGACGCGUUGAGAGUGUGGGGGUUAGAGCUGAUUCUAUUCAACAGUCCGGAGUAUCAGACCCUCGGCAUAGACCCUAUAAAUGAGCGCGCCUUUAUCUGUAAUUAUAAGGAGCACUGGUUUACAGUGAGGAAGCUGGGAAAACAGUGGUUCAACUUGAAUUCCCUGCUAACAGGCCCGGAGCUGAUCUCGGACACCUACCUCGCACUCUUCCUGGCUCAGCUGCAACAGGAAGGUUACUCCAUAUUUGUGGUGAAGGGCGACCUUCCUGACUGUGAGGCCGACCAGCUCCUGCAGAUGAUAGAGAUCCACCAGAGUCAGCGGCCGCGGCUGAUAGGAGAGGACGCAGCGGCCAGAGACCUCAGAGUACAGAGGAGCGAGGCCGCCAUGGAGGCGGGGAGACUGUAUGAAGGACCCACCGCAAUGGACGAGGAUGAAGAGAACCUGCAGAAAGCCCUUGCGCUCAGCCGGCAACAGAUAGACAUGGAGGACGAGGAAGCCGAUCUACGCAGAGCCAUUCAGCUCAGCAUUCAAGGAGGAAACAGCAGUGAGUCUGCAGACUCUCUAUCAUCCCCUAACCUGCCACAGAGCUCAGGGUCCUGCAAACAGGAGUCGCUGACACAGGAGGAGCUGCGGCAAAGGAGACAGAUGUAUUUUGAAAAGCAGCAGCAGAUGAAGCAUGAUCAUCAGUCCUCGGAUGAGAUUAAGGCAGCAGCAGAGACGGAUUCUGGAAUGAGUGAAGAGGACAUGCUAAGAGCAGCCAUGAAUAUAUCUCUAGACACGGGUGGGACCAGUCAGGCCAUGCAGGAAAAAUGACCAUUGCUUCCCGGCCUGUCCACUAUACACUGUCCUGCCGGUCACGCAGGUAGUCAGGAUGUACAUAUUGAAUUUCUGGACAGGCAUUUGCAUUAGAUAUUUUUUUGAUGCUUUUACGAAUGUCUUUUUAAAGAUACCUGCGUGUGUUUCCAUCUUCACUUCUGGAGCAGCACUCUGUCCUGCAUUUCCCAGUCUCUCCAUCUCCACCGCUCUGGCGUGUGUAAGCAUCAUUGAACUCUGUGUGACAUUGGCAAAAAGGCUGAACCCCAACACGACUAAACUAAGCUUGCAGCACACAGCUCUCCGUUGCCCAUCAACUACAGCACAUUCCUCAUUAACGAUCCUCCCGGUGCCGGGAUUGGCCAGCAGUGUGUGCCCACGUCAUGCCAGGCUGGCGUCUCUGCCAGAGAGAGGAUUACUGGUGCUUUUAUCCCCACUUCCGCAGGAAGGCCGUUUUUUAAUAUUGUGGUUUGUCUUUAAAGGAGCAUUAUUACAUUCACAAAUACAUAAGAUAUAUAAUAGAAGUUUCGGAAACUUGUCAAAGUGAGAGGUUUGUCAUAAUUAAAGGAGGGUUUUACACUUCAAA